CUCCCCCCACGCGUCGACCGCCGGCUUGCUCUUCCUGUGCAUAAGGGAUAGCAUUUCCCCGCGGCCACCAGACAGGCCCGUCUGGGUGCGAGGCCAGGGCCGGGUCCCAGCGCCGCCGGAUCCCAGGGCCCCCGGGUGCCGCCCCCGCCCGCGGCUGGGCUGGGAGAGGCGAAUUGGAGAGCGAGGAGGCGGCGGCGAGGGUGAGAGGCGAACGGAACCAGCAGGCCGCCCUGACCGCGGCCCGAGCGCCGGCGCUAGGAGGGGGCGCCACGGCCCACCCUCCUUCCUGCCUGGCCCGGGACCGGCCGGGCCGACGCGCCCUGACCCCCAAUGGCCUACCGGGCCUCGGGGCCGCCAAGUCGUCGUGCCAGACCCAGGGCCCCCGAGUGAGCGGGGGCGCCGAGGAUCUCAUCUGGCCGCUGCUGCGUUGUGGAAGAAGCUAGGGGGAGAACCAGCGCUUCGGGAGGAGAAAGACUGCCUGGGGAAAGAGAGACGGCAAGACGCGUAAAGCCAGUGCUUGGGAAACCCAGGAGGAGCCCGCAGAUAACCAGUCCAAGUCAUGCAGUCUUUUCGAGAAAGGUGUGGUUUCCAUGGCAAACAACAGAACUACCAGCAGACCUCACAAGAGACAUCUCGCCUGGAGAAUUACAGGCAGCCUAGCCAGGCCGGGCUGAGUUGUGACCGGCAGCGGCUGCUUGCCAAGGACUAUUACAGCCCGCAGCCAUACCCGGGCUACGAGGGUGGUGCAGGCACAGCUGCCGGCACCGCCCGCGGUGGCAAAGGCCUGCCCUCACAGCAGGUCCUGCCGGGGAGGCCGGCGUUCUCCAGCUACGGCGUCCAGGACAGCAGCCCUUACCCAGGCCGCUAUGCAGGAGAGGAAAGCCUGCAGGCCUGGGGGACCCCCCAGCCACCACCACCCCAGCCACAGACCCUGCCAGGGGGGGUGGGCAAAUAUGAUGAGAACUUGAUGAAGAAGACAGCAGUGCCCCCGGGCAGGCAGUACCCAGAGCAGGGUGCCCAGUUGCCCUUUCGGACUCACCCCCUGCACACCCAGCCCCAGCCACCAGCGCCCCCGCAGCCCCUAGCCUACCCCAAGCUCCAGAGACAGAAGCUGCAGAAUGACAUCGCCUCGUCCCUGCCCUUUCCCCAGGGCAGCCCCUUUCCCCAGCAGUCGCAGUCCUUCCCCACCUCCUCCACCUACUCCUCCACCGGCCAGGGUGGUGGGCAGGGGGCCCACUCCUACAAGAGUUGUACAGCGCCGUCUGCACAGCCCCACGACAGGCCACUGGCUGCCAGCGCCAGCCUGGCCUCAGGGCAAGGAGUCCAGAACCUUCAUGCCUACCAGUCUGGCCGCCUCAGCUACAACCAGCAGAAGCAGCAGCAGCAAACCCUUCAGAGCCGACACCACGCCCAGGAAACCCUCCACUACCAAAACCUGGCCAAGUACCAACACUACGGCCCGCAAGGCCCGGGUUACUGCCAGCCAGACGCGGCCGUCAGGACUCCGGAGCAGUACUACCAGACCUUCAGCCCCAGCUCCAGCCACUCGCCCGCGCGCUCCCUGGGCCGCUCUCCUUCCUACAGCUCCACCCCAUCACCACUGAUGCCGAACCUGGAGAACUUUCCCUACAGCCAGCAGCCACUCAGCACAGGAGCCUUCCCCGCAGGCAUCACAGACCACAGCCACUUCAUGCCCCUGCUUAACCCCUCCCCGACAGACGCCGCCAGCUCUGUGGACACACAGGCCAGCAACUGCAAGCCACUGCAGAAGGACAAGCUCCCCGAGAGCCUGCUGUCAGACCUCAGCUUGCAGAGCCUCACCGCGCUGACCUCACAGGUGGAGAACAUCUCCAACACGGUCCAGCAGCUGCUGCUUUCCAAGGCCACCAUGCCCCAGAAGAAGAGUGUGAAGACCCUGGUGUCCAGGACACCGGAGCAGCACAAAAGCCAGCACUGCAGCCCCGAUGGCAGCGGCUACUCCGCCGAGCAGGCAGGUACACCGCUGUCAGAGCCACCAAGCGGCACGCCGCAGUCCAGCCAUGCCGAGCCACCUGAGGCUGACUACCUGAGCGGCUCUGAGGACCCUCUGGAGCGCGGCUUCCUCUACUGCACCCAGGCCCGAGGCAGCCCCGCCAGGGCCAGCAGCAGCUCGAAAGCCAAGCCCGAGUCCGUGUCUACCUGUUCCGUGACCUCCCCUGAUGACAUGUCCACCAAGUCUGAUGACUCCUUCCAGAGCCUUCACAGCAGCUUGCCGCUCGACAACUUCUCCAAGUUUGUGUCCAAUGAGCAGGACUGCCCGAGGCUGCUGCUCAGCGCCCUGGCACAGGAGGACCUGGCCUCCGAGAUCCUGGGCCUGCAGGAGGCCAUCGGCGAGAAGGCCGACAAAGCUUGGGCCGAGGUCUCUGGCCUCUCCAAGGAUGCCACCAAGCCACCCUUCACACUGGAGAACCAUAGCACCUGCCUGGACUCCAUAGCCAAGAAUUCUUGGCCACGGCCAGGGGAACCUGAGGCCCUGCCUGAGCCCUUACAGCUGGACAAGGGCAGCAACACCAAGGACUUUAGCCCGGGGCUGUUUGAAGACCCCUCUGUGGGUUUUGUCACCCCAGACCCCAAGAAGACCACUGGUCCCCUCUCCUUUGGCGAGCGGCCCACCCUUGGGGCUGCUACCUCAGACCCCACCGCAGCCGCUUUUGACUGCUUCCCAGACACAGCCACUGCCAGCUCAGCAGACAGCGCCACCCCCUUUGCCUGGCCAGAGGAGAACCUGGGCGACGCUUGUCCCCGGUGGGGGCUGCACCCCAGCGAGCUUGCCAAGGGUCUGGAGCAGGGUUCGAAGGCCUCGGACAGCAUCGGCAAGGAAGAUGCCCACAAGGCCUCACCCUGCCUGGGUUUCCGGGAGGAGGAGCCCCCUGGGGAGCAGGCCGCCCUGCCCCAGGAUGCCCAGCAGGAGGAGGCGGGUGGGGUGAAGGAGGAGGCAGGCGGGCUUCUGCAGUGCCCUGAGGUGGGUAAGGCCGAGGUAUGGCUGGAGGAUGGCAGGCACUGCUGCUCGGCUGCGGACUUUGGGGACCUGCCGCUGCUGCCGCCCACCGGCAGGAAGGAGGACCUGGAGGCAGAGGAGGAGUACUCCUCCCUGUGCGAGCUCCUGGGCAGCCCCAACCAGAGGCCUGGCCUUCGGGACCCGCUGUCCCCAAAGGCCCCGCUGAUGUGUACCAAGGAGGAGGUAGAGGAGGCUCUGGACCCCAAAACUGGGUGGGGCUCCCCAUGCCACCUCUCUGGAGAGUCGGUCAUCUUGCUGGGCCCCACUGUGGGUGCCGAGUCGAAGGUCCAGAGCUGGUUUGAGUCCUCCUUGUCCCACAUGAAGCCAGGGGAAGAAGGGCCCAGUGGGGCACUGGCUCCGGGGGAUCCUGCCACCCUGGCCCCAGAGGCCUCCUUGGCCCAGAAGCCCAACAAGCCCGCUGUUCCUGAGGCACCCAUUGCUAAGAAAGAGCCCGUGCCACGGGGCAAAAGCUUACGGAGCAGGCGGGUGCAUCGGGGGCUUCCUGAGGCCGAGGACUCCCCGUGCAGGGCACCGGUUCUGCCCAAAGACCUCCUGCUGCCUGAAUCCUGCACAGGGCCCCCCCAGGGACAGAUGGAAGGGGCCGGGGCCCCAGGCCGGGGGGCCUCGGAAGGGCUCCCCAGGAUGUGUACCCGUUCCUUCACAGCCCUGAGUGAGCCCCGCACGCCUGGCCCUCCUGGACUGACAACCACCCCUGCCCCUCCGGACAAGCUAGGGGGCAGGCAGCGAGCCGCCUUCAAGUCUGGCAAGCGUGCAGGGAAGCCCUCCCCCAAGGCGGCGUCCAGCCCCAGCAACCCGGCUGCCCUGCCAGUGGCCUCUGACAGCAGCCCCAUGGGCUCCAAGACCAAGGAGACAGACUCUCCCAGCCCCCCUGGCAGAGACCAGCGCUCCAUGAUCCUCCGGUCCCGUACCAGAACCCAGGAGGUCUUCCACUGCAAGCGGCGGCGACCCUCGGAAAGCCGGGUCCCCAACUGCCGGGCCACCAAGAAGCUCCUUGCCAACAACCACCUGCCUGCUACAUUAAAGGUCUCCGGCAACGCCCAGAAGGAGGGCAGGGCUGGUCAGUGGGUGAGGGUCCCCAAGCCCAGCGCAGGCAGCAAGCUCUCUGAUAGGCCCCUCCACGCGCUCAAAAGGAAGUCAGCCUUCAUGGCACCGGUCCCCUCCAAGAAGCGGAACCUGGUCUUACGGAGCGGCAGCAGCAGUGCCAGUGGCAGCCGGGGGGACAUGAAGGAGGAGCUAGCUGAGGGCUCCCCAGCCCUCUUCAAGAGGAUGUCUUCUCCGAAGAAAGCCAAGCCCACCAAAGGCAAUAGCGAGCCCACCUUGAAGCCCCCGCCCCCAGAGACACCUGACGCCUGUCUCAAGAUGGCUUCACGGGCGGCCUGUCAGGGAGCCACGAAGACCAAGGUGCUGCCGCCCCGGAAGGGCCGGGGCCUGAAGCUGGAGGCCAUUGUGCAGAAGAUCACCUCACCCAGCCUGAAAAAGUUUGUGUGCAAAAUGCCUGGGACCACUCCUGGGCACUCUCUGAGCCCACCCCUCUCUGAGAAGGACCGAGGGCCCAAGAGCACCAGGGGCAGCCCCGUGGGGGCAGAAGGUCCCUCAAGCAUGGCUGCCGGCCAGAAGCUCCCGGCAGCUUCGGGGACCGACCCAUUUUGCAGAAAUAUGGCCAACAGAUCCUUAAAAGGCAAACUCAUAAACAGUAAGAAAUUGUCCUCGACUGACUAUUUUAAAACUGAGGACUUGGUGUCCCCAGAGACCCUGCUGCCUGGGGGAACUGUCCUGGUGCAGAAGAAGAAAAGCCGGAAAGGCAGGGCUGCAGCCCUGGGACUCCCCAAAGGCCCCCCAGAGAAACAGCCCCAUCUAGGCCCUAUUCUGCUCUUGACUCCCCGAGACAGGACCAACAGCAUGCAGGGGGCCAGUGAGGACAGCUCUGGUGGGGGAAGCAAGAAGCCAAAGAUGGAGGGGCUGGGCUUGGCCCCCCAGCCCCCCGACGGCCGGUCCUGCCAGCCCCAGAUGAGGGCGCAGAAGCAGCCAGGCCAUGCCAACUACAGCAGCUACUCCAAGCGGAAGCGCCUCUCACGGGGCCGGGCCAAGAAUGCCACCUCCUCACCCUGCAAGGGGCGCGCCAAGCGGCGGCGGCAGCAGCAGGUGCUGCCCCUGGAUCCUGCAGAGCCUGAAAUCCGCCUCAAGUACAUUUCCUCAUGCAAGCGGCUACGGGCAGACAGCCGCACCCCAGCCUUCUCGCCCUUUGUGCGGGUCGAGAAGCGAGACGCGUUCACCACUGUAUGCACUGUUGUCAACUCUCCUGGGGAGGAGCCCAAGCCCCACAGAAAACCUUCCUCAUCUGCCUCUUCUUCCUCAUCCUCCUCCUCCCUGGACACAGCUGGGGCCUCCCUGGCCACGCUUCCUGGAGGCUCUUCUGUCCUGCAGCCUCGGCCCUCUCUGCCCCUCUCCUCCACCAUGCACCUGGGGCCCGUGGUUUCCAAGGCCCUGAGUACCUCUUGCCUUGUUUGCUGCCUCUGCCAAAACCCAGCCAACUUCAAGGACCUCGGGGACCUCUGCGGGCCCUACUACCCUGAACACUGCCUCCCCAAAAAGAAGCCAAAACUCAAGGAGAAGGUGCGGCCCGAAAGCACCUGCGAGGAGGACUCACUGCCCCUCGAGAGAACACUCAAGGGUCUUGAGUGCGCAGCUGCUGCUGCCGCCACCGCCACCGGAAAGGCCCCCCGGCCUGACAGCUCAGCUGACCUGGCCAAGCAGGGCUCACUACGCACCAGUGCCCGCGGCCUAUCCCGGCGGCUGCAGAGUUGCUACUGCUGUGAUGGUCGAGGGGACGUCAGUGAGGAGGUGGCCCCAGCUGCUGACAAGACCCGCAAGCACGAGUGCAACAAGGAGGCAACAGCAGAGCCUGGCGGGGACACCCAGGAGCACUGGGUGCAUGAGGCCUGCGCCGUGUGGACGGGCGGGGUCUACCUGGUGGCCGGGAAGCUCUUUGGGCUACAGGAGGCCAUGAAGGUGGCCUUGGACAUGACUUGUUCCAGCUGCCAGGAAACCGGGGCCACCAUCGGGUGCUCCCACAAAGGCUGCCUCCACACCUACCAUUACCCGUGUGCCAGUGACGCAGGUAAGAGCCAGCCUUGGGGGACAGGGGACCCUGGACACAGCUGGUGGGACCCAGCCCCACAGGAAUCCUCAGUUUCCCUCCUCUCCUGCCCCAGCAACCUUUCCCUGACCAGAACCUGCACUGGGCAGUGCUAGGGACAAGGAGAUGGUCUGUCCCCAGCCACUGGCCUGAAGAGCGCCCAGAGGCACCGAUUGCAAGGGCAGUCUGAGAAGGCUUCAUAGUUGUCAAAGGCUUCAACCAAGGCUCAAAGACACCUUGUUUCAUGUAAGGAAAGCCACUUUUAUGAUGGAGUUUUAGUCACCAAUGAGGGCAGUAUUUAAGGGGGUCUAAGGCCGCUUUGGCCUGGAUUAAAACCCUGGUGGCAUUCCUGACAUGUGGACUUGGCAAGUUCAUUGAGGUCUCUGUGCUCGGUUUCCCCGUCUAUCAAAUGGAGGUUACAAUAAUCUCUUCUUUCCCGAGCUGUUGGGAACAGCGAGUGAGAUCACGAACACUGCCCAGCAAGGGCAGCCUCAGUCCUGUUUUGGGGGCAGCUGCAUGACCUCUGUCCCCACCUCCCUGUGCCCCUUACCCCCUCUUCUCUGGCCUUCCAGAAGAGGGGGAGGUUAUUGUGACCCUCCCUCGUGGAACACCCUCCCACCUCCUGGGGACCAGCUGCCAUCCUCCCCACCUGAACGCGGGCUCUGUUCUAGGCAGAGGUGGCUCCGAGCCUGCCAGGCCACGCAUAGAGUGGCAGCCUUUCUUUGGCAAGGGCUGAGGUGCUCACAGCCUGAGGGAGGAAGCUCGCUGGGGCAGGGACUGGGGCAGGGGUGUCGGCGGCUGCAGCCCUCCCCUCCAAGCAGAGCAGUGUGAGUCAGACUUUAAUGUGGACUCUGCCACUCAACCAGACACAUGACCUCACUGACAGUAAUGGCUGCACAAGCCGCAUCCCUUUGACAGUGACCCACGUCACAGCCACUCCAUGCCAGGCCCAAGUCAGGCCUCUACACCUCUCUCUCCCCUGUGUCAUUACGGACACGCUGCCUUGCCCGUGGCCACUGAGCGCGGCACCAGCAGAACAAGGGUGUGACUCCCUGUCUGCCUCGCUCCACAUCCUGUGUUCUCUCUGCCACCCACUGCUGUCCAGCCCCUUGAGAGGCUCACAUUUUGAGUGGAACAGACAGGAAAACCAUGAUCCUUGCCCAAAAUUAUGGAGGCUAGACAGGAGGAGAGGGCGUGUGCUAUGGGAAAGAUUUGUUCUGUCUGAGCUGGGAGGGAAUCCAGGAGGACUUUCAAGAGGAGGCAGUAUUUGAGCCAUACUUGGAAAGGUCAGGGGAGGCAGGCAGCAGCUGGUUAGUGGUGGGAUGUAUAUACUAGGCUUGGAGACACAGAAAUUUCUUUCAAAUGAUGUCUUCCAAGGAGUUCAGUGAGAGGCGUCUCUGCAGAGCAUGGGGACUGUGGCGCAAAGGGAACCCGCAGGCUGGGAAGAUGAGACACUGGUGUGAACAGAGCUGUGUUUGAGCGAGAACUGGUGGAUGACGCUUCAGGCAUCCGAGCUAGAGAGGAAGGUGGCCAGGCUGGGGAGAACCUGCAUCCCAGAGCCUCGUGGGCUGGGCAGAGAAUGCACAGCUGCGGUGGGAGGGAUGAGGGAGUGGUGGCCUCGAGCCUACCCCACCCCGCGAGAACAGGUCUGAGGUGGGGUGCCAAUAGUGUGUUCACUACUGUUGCCAAGCUGCUGGCCCCCAGGCCCAGCUUCAUGGCUAAACACCCACCCUUCUGUAUUUCUCAGAAGGGCACGAGUCCGCAGGCACACUGUCUGUGGAGCUCACCCAGAUGGCCGUGGUCAGCUGUGGGUCAGCGGAGGCAGCGCCAUCUCAUGGCCCAGCUGGUCCAGCUCCUGCCCACUCCCUGUGCUCUCUCAUCCUCCAGCAGGCCUCUGCGUGGGACUGCAUGGUCCCUCUCGCUGUGUCCUGCUGGCCAAAGCAAGGCCCGCGUCCAGCCCCGAUUCAUGAGGUGGCGAAUGCACACCUGCUGGAUGACAGGAGUGGCAGAGACACACUGCAAAGGAUGGGGGCACAGGCAGAGGCUCGGGGCUGCUCCGCAGUCUGUCCGUCCACCACACACAGAGGCCUCCCUGCAGGCAGGUUGCACUGGAGGCAGCGGCGGCAGACACACCAGGGGAGCUGUCCUGCUGGGCUCAGGGCAGAGACUAAUGGCCCUCAGCCCAAGGGGUCAUCAAAGACCCCAAGGGGACAGUGUGGGGGGAUUGGGCACCACCAUUUAAUACUUGGCAGAGGAGGUGGGGUGGAGCCCUGGGCACUGGAGAAACAGUAGUCAGAAAAGGUAGGAGAACAAGGGAGCCCGGCAGCCAGCGGGAAGGGGAGGGAAGACGGGGUUUCCGGCAGUAGGGAGGGCUGGCCGGGGCAGCCCUGGUCAGGCAGGAGGGGCUGGGAGUGGGAGGGAACUGAGGGAGCAGGCUGGGCAGUGUGAGUCCCAGGCCUCGGUCGGCACCGUCUACCUACUCCACCCCCAGGUCUGCCAGAUGGGUUCUCUGGAGCGAGCAUCUGGGUCAGCUCUCAGACCACAGGCUCCGGGCUGUCUGCUCUCUCCCUUUCCUCCUGUCCUGUCCCACUGCCCCUGCCCCUGUUCCACCUCAUUAGAGAGUGCCACGUUGAAGCUAAGCAGUGAUGUCCCAAAGGGCUGGCAGGGACAGGCACACACUACAGCUUCCUUUCCUCACUCAGGGCCCAGGGCCACCUUGUUAGCUGGGUCCCAGGUCCCCCUAGCACAGACACCAAGAGAGGGGCCAGGAACUGAUGAUUCGGCUCUUCCCAGGGGGUCCCCUCCCCACACCCUGUGUGGGUCCAGGAGGUUCACUGAGCAAACUGGUUUUGGAAGGGUAACCUCCUACCCUUUACUUCUGUCGACUUAAGCCCAUGAUUGUGGGGCCUGCAGCAGGGUGGUCUAUGGGGGUGUGUGCUGAGGGGGGUGUCCUCUGUGUGCUGUGAGCGAGCCUGGGAUUGUAGCCCAGUGCUCUUUGGGAAGUGCAAAUUCAGUCCCAGAACUGUGUCUGGCUUGCCUGAGCUCAGGGAAGGGGAAAAACUGAUGACCCACUCACUUCCAGUUGCUGGCCCUGAAGUGCAGAAACUCAUGGGCAGUUUCAGGACUGAGGCCCCCAGCCUCUGGCAGGGGUGGGUGGAGAAAAAGGAGACCCCCUCAGAGAGGCCUAGAGCCCUCCAGCCCGGCUCUCAAGGCUGCAGAUUUGCCCCUGCUGCCUCCCCGGCCCUGCCCACUAGCCACCACAGCUGGCCUCAGCAUGGGCAAGAGAGCUCUCUUUGGUAAGCUUGGGCCUCUGGCUGUUUGUGGCUUUAGGGUUUGUUCUGAACCAUGUCAGAAGAGGCUUGGGAGGGAAGGGAGUGGACCCAGGACUAGGCUCCCCAGGGGGUGGUGGGUGAGGGUUCCAGGGGGAAAAGCAAGGGUUUCCUUAAGUGCAACAGACAGGGAAGUGGGGACUCGCUGAGACAUCAGUACACCCCUGGCCUGAGGUGGGCAUCAAGGACAGGCUAUGCUCAAACAACCUUCCUGUUUCCCCAGGGUGGGCAGUGCCCUGGGCCCUCAGACACCUGGGGGCAUUUGCUUGGACCUGAUAUUUCCCUCAUUUCCCUAGCCCCGCCCCACACUCAGGGUGCCUCCCCUCCCCGCC